UAAUUUUCUAUCGAUAUGUGCACAAAAUAGCAGCAGCAGCGCAACAUGCUGAAAGUGCAAUCAAAUUUGGAUAAACAGGGACGAUACGCUGUUUUGCUGAAUCAUAGAGAAUUAAUCAAUCAAAUAUACAGUGCAACAGUGACAGAUAAUACGACUUAUGAACUCAAGAAGCAGUUGUUUUAUUUUCACCAACCCAAGACAAUAACAACAACCCAAAAGAAGCGGAAAAGGAAGUUGAAUGAUGCGCCGAACAUUGAGCAAUCGGAGGACAACAUUACUGAGUACUUGAAGCUGUUACCCGAAGUGGCGAAUAGUGAUGUGGAAACAUCUUUGCCACGUUACUGGGAAGCCGAGUACACACUGCCACAGCUGCACGGCAGCAAUCUGAGUGGCAAAUUUCAAGAGUUCCACAACGGAAAUAGCUCAUCCUAUAUUAUACCUCAAGCUGCUCGGUUUUACAAUCACAAUGUGGAACAGUUGACAGCAUUGCUACCACAAUUGUUGCCCAGCUAUGAUGUCAUCGUCUUGGAUCCGCCAUGGCGCAACAAAUACAUUCGCCGCAUAAAGCGCACCAAACAAGAGUUGGGCUAUGCGAUGUUGGACAAUGAUCAGCUGAGUCAGUUACCACUUGGCCAGCUGAUCCAUGAACGCACAUUGGUGGCCAUUUGGUGCACAAACUCUAAACAACAUCAGCAGGCGCUGGAAACCAAUUUACUACCCAGUUGGCGAUUAAGAUUGUUGCAUAAACUUCGCUGGUACAAAUUAAAUACGGAGCACCAAUUAAUUGGUGAUUUAAAUUCUGGAGAUGUCACCCAGAAGCAGCCCUACGAGAUGCUCUAUUUGGCGUGUCAUGUGAAGAGCGACGCAAGCUAUGCAGAGGAACUGAAAAAGACGGAACUGUUGCUUAGCAUACCCAGCAUUGUGCAUUCCCAUAAGCCGCCGCUCUUGGAGUGGCUGCGUUCACAUUUGAAGCUGGGUGAGCAUCAAAAGGAACCCAAUUGUCUGGAGCUCUUUGCCCGCUACUUACAGCCCAACUUUACAUCUAUUGGCCUUGAGGUGUUGAAACUAAUGGAUGAGCGACUUUACGAUAAAGUCUGAAAGCAAAUCU